AUGGGCGCAUACUCGCAAUUUCCUGACAUUCCAGAUUUAGAGUAUCCUCCACCCACACUAGCGGAAAUAAAGAAUCAGAUAAUGAAGCUACAGAAGAACAAAAGCCCGGGAGGAGAUGGAAUCCAGGCAGAAAUCAUUCAAGCCGGAGGGGAGGGACUUCACAAGAAAAUCCACCAAUUAAUCAAGGGGAUCUGGAUUUUGGAGGAUAUCCCAGAAGAUUGGAAAACAGCUGUCAUAUGCCUUACACACAUGUUCAGCACGUGGGCGGUGAGCCUGGGAGGCAUCCGCCGCAGCGGCAGCGAGUCUGGCCGCGUGACCAUCAACACCAGGUCGACGACGGUGCACUCCGGCUACAACGCCAACACGCUCAACAACGACAUCGCCGUCAUCUUCCUGGGCACCAAUGUGCAGCUCAACAGUUACAUCGCUCUGGUGAACCUGCCUUCUCGCUCACAGGCGGGCAACAGCUUCGAGGGCCAGACCGCUACGGUCAGCGGUUGGGGUCUGACUGCCGAUAACGGCAACACGGCCAGCACGCUGCAGUACACGACGCUGAGCGUCAUCUCCAACUCGCUCUGCCAGCAGUACUACGGAGGCGUCAUCGUCUCCUCAACACUCUGCGCCAUCGGCUCCAACCGACAGAGCACCUGCAACGGUGACAGCGGCGGCCCCAUGGUGAUCGGCUCGACGGACAGCUUCACCCUGAUCGGCGUCGUCAGCUUCGUGUCGGACGCUGGUUGCUCGAGCGGCGCUCCGUCCGGCUAUGCCAGGGUCAUCUCCUUCCUCGACUGGAUCUCCAGCACCGCCGGCGUCAGCAUCUCGUAA